GCAUACAUACAUGUCGAUCGCUUCUUGAAUCAGUAGAUUUGAGCUUUAUUUGAAAUUGAAUCUGCUCGAAUUUGGAGCACGCGAUCACUUCUUGUUUGUUGAUGUUAGAUUUUAAGAUCAUCUAUGCUAAGACGAGGAUCUGACUGUUUUCUUUGAUUCAUUGAAGUUUGGAUGACUACAAGAAUAAUUUGAGUUUUCAAAUGAAUUUGCAGCGAUCUUUGAUCUCAAAGUCAUGGUCAGGGAAACCCAAUGACUGGCAACCGAAGUCUCUUAUUGCUUUCAAUGCAGUUGCAAUACCCACCAAUUUACAAGAAAACAAAGUUUUCAUUUGUCGCAGCGAUCACAUCCCAAUUCGAUUCCCCUUUUCACUACAAGUCAAGCAGCCUCAAAACUGUGGAUUUCCUGGAUUCAACCUCAGCUGCAACGAUCAGGGUGUUACAGUUCUGAACUUGCCGUAUUCUGGUGACUUUUUGGUUAGCAACAUCAACUAUCAAACUCAACAGAUACAAGUCUAUGACUCAAAUAACUGCCUUGCUGGACGGCUUUUGAGUCUUAAUCUUUCAGGGUCACCUUUCAAUGCUGCUUUCUAUCAGAACUACACCUUCCUUCGUUGCCCCACAGAGCUCGUGACAUCUCGGUUCACUCCUAUAAAUUGCCUCAGUAAUUCCACAGCCUCAGUUUUGGCUACCUCUUCCAUGAGUCUAGUCAAUGCAAUGUCUACAUCUUGUGAUAUCAUUGAUACAUUGCCGACUCCAGUUUCGCAUGCAUCUCAAGAUGAAAAGGGCUUCUCGGUUGACCUCAACGAUGAUCUUAAGCUAACAUGGUUUGUGCCUGACUGCACAGCCUGUGAAACAAGAGGUGGCAUCUGUGGUUUCAAGAGCAAUACUACCCAAGAAAUCGGCUGUUCCUACGAGUCUAGUUCUGGCGGAUCAACCAAUGGCCUUGAGGUUUUCAGAAUCAUUGGCUUGUCAAUUGGAGUGCCUGCCAUCAUAUUUGCUGUUGGAAUUGGUAUAUUUGCGUGUUUGUUGGAUCAAAGCAGGAACUCUAUACCAGCUGCAGUGACUCCACAACCCGCCAUUGUGUCGACGGGUGUUGAUGAGUCCACCAUUGAAUCAUACCAGAAGGUAGUCCUUGGGGAAAGUCGUCGACUACCUGGACUCAAUGAUGGCAGCUGCCCAAUAUGCCUGUCAGAGUACAAAAGCAAUGAGACACUGAGAUGCUUACCAGGCUGCAAACACUGCUUCCAUGCUGAUUGCAUAGAUGAGUGGCUCCGGUUGAAUGGUACAUGUCCAGUUUGCCGGAAUUCACCACCCCACGCCAAUGUUCCUACAGAGAAUGUCUAGUGCAUUGCCUACCUCUUUUUUCCUAGUAGUGUUCAAACUUUUCUUCUCCUUUUCACACUUGUACAUAUGAUUUGUUACUCCUUCAAACUUUUAUCUCAAAUACUUUUUUAAGUCACAAGAACCAUCACAAAGGUUUAUGCAUCUUUGGAUCACCCUGAACAACAAAAUUGUUGAAUAGGAGUCAAAGGCUUACAACUUGGAAUAGAGUAAAACUUGGUCUGACCGACUCAAACGUCAAUUUGCAUUGGGUCAGUACACGAUUGGUUCCGCUAUUU